AUGGGUCUCUCGAACGAUGAACGCGGAUGGGUCAUGGCAAGCGUCAGUGGUGCUGCAUGCAUCAUUGGAGCUUCAAUCAUCUGCGUCGACAUAAUCGUCAGAAAAUUUCCCAGCAAACGCAAUUUCAGGAUACAGGACAGUGAUACAUUCUUAUCAUCGUCGCUCAGUUUGAGUUUUGGCGUCAUGGUAACAAUAUCAAUAAUACCUUUGACAAGCACUAAGACUGACAUCACCAGCNUUUUUUCUGCGCUCUUUAGCAUGAUGCCCUCAGCCAAGAGCUCCCUGCAANAGGGUGGAAUGUCACCAAAAGCAGCUGCUUGGACAUUGAUAGGCUGUUUUCUAGCAGGCGCCCUGGGUAUACAAGUCAUCAGCCGACUUGCUCAUCUAUUUAUGCCAUCGCAUGUGGUGGAUUGCGAACACUCGCACGAUGAAGAGAAUGCUGUCAAAGAGCCAUCGGAAGAGGAUGGACAAGUGCGUCAUGAGCAGGCUCAUCCUCCUUCUCACGACCGCUCUCAUGGUGGAUCUAACACUACCAUCAAGCAACAUGGUGAACAUGUUCACAUUCAACGACCUAAGAUUGCACCACGCAAAUCAACUUCUGCUGCCGUUGAUCACAAUGGUGCUGCAACACUUCCUCCUGGCAAGAGUCUCUCGAGGCGACCUUCGUUACAAGCACGUUUGAGUCAGACACUUUCUUCAAUCGCUUCCAGAUCUAAGUCAUCUUGCGAUUGUGACGGUCCCUGCUAUGGCUUCAGCGAACCAUGCGGUGCGGACUGCUUUAAGAACAUGCAGACAAGACAGGCUAGUACCCGAUCCAUCAUCCGUCAGCAGCUCCUGCGUGGCGAGUCGAACGCUUCAGAGCAAACUCCUCUGCUGCAUGGUAUCAGAGAGGAGGUCACACCCCGUCCUGCGCAGCAGAACCGCAUGGCAUCAGAUACGGCGCUUCAAACCAAGAGAUCAAAUGGGAUGCUUAACUUGAGCGCUGAUGCUGUGAUUGAGGAAGAGGAUUCGCAAUCGCUUCACCACACUAAGUCUCAUGCCUCACUCGCCAGCAACCACGAACACGGUGGUGAACAGCAGCAGCACCAUCAUCAUCAUGUCCCUACUAACGUCUUCGCAUCCAUCGGUCUUCAAACGUCCAUCGCAAUCGCCCUUCACAAAUUGCCCGAAGGUUUCAUCACCUUCGCCACUAACCACGCGAACCCCAAACUGGGCUUUUCCGUAUUCCUGGCUUUGUUCAUCCAUAACAUCACCGAUGGCUUCGUCCUUGCUCUACCUCUCUACCUCGCCAUCAACAACCGUGCCAAAGCAAUGUUUUGGGCCUCUCUUCUCGGUGGUGCUUCUCAACCCUUGGGUGCUGGUGUUGCUGCUCUCAUCUUCAAGAUUGCCGGCUCUAAAAACGUCGCCAUUAGCGAGAAUUUCUACGGUGCCAUGUUCGCCGUAACGGCUGGUAUUAUGACUUCUGUGGCAUUGCAGCUCUUUGGCGAGAGUCUCGAACUCACACACAACCGAGGCCUUUGUAUGAUUUUUGCCUUUGUUGGUAUGGGCAUCUUGGGUUGCAGUUCCGCGUUGACUGCUUAA